AGUUGCAGAUGUCCACCUACCUCCGAGACGAGUCCGAGGACGACUCUUAUCGAGGUUCGGCCGUAUCGCCUGCAUUAUCAGUCUGCUAUCGCAUCGCCCACGGACGGCUCACAUAGGUGCGCAAGACCCAUAUGGAUCGCAAAUCAAGAAGACGUAGUGAGCAGACACUCCAGUCUAGACCAUCAUCCUAACCCCUCAAUCGUCAUUUGCAACACAACCAUGCCCUGUAGCAUCUGCGACGAGGAGUACAACCAGCAGGAGCGUGAACCUAAAGUAUUGCCGUGCGGGCACACUGUGUGCCUGCGGUGCCUUCAGCAAAUGCAGCACUGGCAAUGCCCAACGUGCCGCAAGUCUUACUCUGGUCCGCCCGAAUCCCUCCCGAAAAACUUUGAACUUCUCGAAUUGAUGGAACGGCUUCGAAUCCAAGGAAACAACACCAGGUUUUCCUACGGACGGUGCAAGGGGUGCCGAGCCCCUGCCACAACGCUGUGCUGGGACGUGCACGAGGUCUGGAACACCAAGGCCGCACUGGAUCAUUACCUGCACUUCGACGUGCUGUCGCUUGCCUCUGCCAGUCUCAAGGACCUGCAGACAGAGUGCAAGGGGGGGGGGGGGAGGGCCAUGAGGGCCAUUACGUUACUGGACCGCGAGUCCUGGGAGCUCACCCUGCGGGGCGGCGACCACGUGCUAACGGGGGUCGUGGGGACGACCAUGGACCCUCUGAUCAAAGCUAUGUGCCUCAUUAUGGCGGCAAGGGUCGACCUCACCCAGGAAGGCGCCUACGACGCCUGUUCUGGCCAACCACAACGCCAGGGUUCCUGA